GUAAACAUGGCUGGGGAUAAAACCACCUUUGUUGAUGAGAUAAAUAAAGCUUUGGCAAAAUCUGAAGGGCUUAUGUUGAAGGAUCUACUGUUCUCCUGCCAUGGGACCCCAUAUCCCAUAAACCUUAUCAGCCCCAGUGUGAACUGGCUUAUCCAGAGUUUAAGAGAUUUGAUAUUUACAACUAACCAGAGUAAACCUGUAAGCACAGAACUACCAUUUAUUGAAUGUGGAGAUCCAGAUAAAUAUCAGGUUAGUGAAAAGAACAAAGUGAGGAUGAAGCAGAUUCCAUCUCCAGGGAUUUUGGCAACACAUUUGAGUGAUGAUUGCCUCCCGAAGUCUAUUUUCCAGAACAAAGCCAAGAUACUGGUGCUGUUUUGAAAUCCUAGGGAUACAGCUGUUUCAUUUUUCCAUUUCCAUAACAAUAUGCCAAGUGUCCCCAGUUACAGCUCCUGGGAUAAGUUCUUCUUAGAGUUCAUGAAUGGGAAAGUCAGCUGGGGAUCCUACUUUGAUCAUGCAGUCACCUGAAACAAAUACAUUGAGGAUGAGAAUACUAUGACUGUAAUAUAUGAAGACCUGUAUUCCUUUCAGAACCUGACUGUCAGUAUAAAGCAGAUAUCUGAAUUCUUUGGCUUCUCCACAGUGGCAGAGCAGAUCCAGUCCAUUGCAGACAGGGCCACUUUCCAGGCAAUGAAGGGUAAGGCUCAGGAGACUCUUGGUGCUGUUGGUUCAGUUCUUUUCUGCAAAGGUGUUGUGGGAGACUGGAAAAAUCUUUUCACUGAAGCACAGAACAGUGAAGUAUUCCAGGGAAGUUCAAGAGAAAAUCCUAUCUCAAGAUUCUAA